UUGUGAUCUCUGCUCGCUUCGAACAAACAAUUUGAUGGAGACAGAGCACCAACGCAGCGACGAAGACGCCACUAUGCUAGGGGCGUUUCAACAUCCGACAUGUGUGGUUGGUAAGAGGAAGCUUAUGUUUUCAUUUCGUUCCGCGUUUACUUUGGAAUGCAGUGAGUAGUCAGAUAUCCGCCGCAGUUGUGUAAUCUCGUAAGCAAGUUAGUCAGGCAUGCGUUGAAUUGUAUUGUAUUCAGUCCCUAUGAGUGGCGGAGACGUAGGUGUUGCCGGUAGGUAGAGUGAUGUGUACGCACUCGGCACGAUUCGCAAUCGCUUGUGGGUACUUUCCAUCUACAGCUAGCCUCAGUUCUGGAGGUGGGCAGGAAGACCGAGAGUACCUUGCAGCCGGCCAAGAGAGUGAUUCAAGGAGCCAUCAACGAAAACAAGUGCAGCAACGCUUUCAUUCUCACAAUGGGAAAGAUGCCAUUAGGGCGGCACCGUGGCGAGAGAGACGCAUGGUGGACGUCCAAACAUCUCAUCUUGGAAUAGGAUCUAGGCGAGGCGUGGACAUUUGGUCCUCUGACCAAGUUGCAGACUGGCUGCUCACUGUUUCUCCAGAUCCAUUGUACAUUCAAUACGCAGAAACUUUCAAACGUCACCGCAUACGAGGUGCCAACCUUUCUAGACUUGACUUUCGUCUUCUAACAUGUAUGGGAGUUACAUCAGUGGGACAUCAGAUAGACAUUCUCCAGGCUAUCGACAGGUUGUUGCAGUCAUCUUCCACUGACACUACAAGAAAUUCCAGGCCAUCUGGCAAUUUCAGUGGUUUCUCUAGGCCACCGGGACAUGUGAGUUUGACUGGUGACCAAACAUUCCUGAAUUAUGGAGACAGUACAGAGACAUGUGAUCGUUACCCUCAAAACGUCUCACAACACCGAGAAAGACAAGCGUUUGUGUCAGUGAGAGGUCGACCAAUACCGCAACCAGCUGUCAAAGACAAACGCUACGCAGAGUCUCUUCCUGGAGAGUGGAAUCGUGGAUAUCACCUUACUCCAAAUCCUUAUCAUUUUGACAGGGAACCAUUUAGAAGUGCAGAAGUAUCCCGUGGAGCACGUUCUAUUGGUUCUCCUGAUUCUCCUUGGUUCUAUUCUUCGGAUGAUGAUCGAACUUGUAGCCAGUACUAUUCACGAGCUGGCAGUGAACUUACGUCUCCUUCAUCUUCAUACUCAGAUGUAAGGACAAGUGGCAGGAUGCGAGUUACAAGUCCAUUGGCAAAUGAUCAAUGGGAGACUGACGGAAAAUGGUAUGAAGACAAGCAAUGUCGUUCUCCUAGAAGACAUAACGGCAGCAAAGUGAAAGACAGGGGAAGCGAAGAGGUUCGUUUAAAGCGUAUAGACGGACAAACCAACUCUUGCUACAGUCAAGACAACAGAUUUAGCAGAAAUAGAGCAAAACCAUUUAGGGAGCAAAGCAAUAAUCAGUCGCAUCAAGUCUUUAGAAGUCACCCUGGAUACGAGCAAACAGUUGACGUUGAUUCUCAUUUUGGAGCAGUUAUUAAUGAAGAUCAAAGAGAGAAGACGAGAAAUACUUACUACAGGGAUGUGGCUGAAACCAGAGAGGCCAAUUCACUCAAACAGCAACACCCAGAAUACAGAGAAGUGAGUGUAGAUGACGCCAUUGGCUCUAUAGAUUACAAUAAGCAUAUGAAGUCAAGACCGGGUAGCCAGCGAGGCACACCACAAUCCAUGCGCAGCAUCAAUCCAUUUGACAGGUUUAGCAGUCUUAGGGCAGGUGGUGUCAGGACUAGUAAAGACAAGUCUUUACGUCAGGUUGUGUCUCGAAGUCUCACUAAUGGGUCAAAACUCUAUGCUGAUGUGGAGGAAGACAAAUGCAAAGUAACUGAAAACGAGUUUGAAGCUGAAUGGGCAGUGGCUUCCAAUGAGGCAGCAGUAGAUUUAGAGUUAGUUCCUAUGCCAACCUUGUCAAGUCGAUCAAAUGUGACAACAGAUUCUGGACUGCCUCCUUCUCUACGGCAGAGCCCCGUCAGAACACAACCUGACUCUCAAGACAAAGCAAACGUUUACCUGGCAGGGCAUCAACAACAUGUCAGAAGAAGUGUAGAAAAGCCGGUCAGACAAAGGAGAAUGAGUGAAGGGCAAGAAGAACAUACAAGAAUCACACAAGCACAAAACCAAGAAGUGAAAUCAAGAAACUUGGAAAUCCCAAUAGAAGGGAACAGCCAGCCCAGUUCUCCAAUGGAAGAUACCAAUGAAUCACACACGAGACAUGUGAAGUCAGCAUCGCGCCUAUUACAAGCUGAAUACAACAAAGGGUUGAUGAAGCACUCUCAUGUGAAGUUUACCCUCAAUACUUCGUCCAUUGAUACUAAAGAAUUUGUAGUUCAUCGAUUGGCUGCUAUUCUUCAAGUAAACAAAGAUCGCCUGAUGUCUAACGUGACCAGUACAGAGUCACCAAGUGGAAAGUGUGUGACACUAGCACUUGAAAUGAGUGCAGUGCGUCAGUUAAGACAAAUUUUAGAGUCAGAUAAGGAUCAACUUGCUCCUCUCAAUGCAAUAUCUGUUCAGAUUGGCUCUGAUCAGGAGAUGACUCUUCAAAAGCCCCGAUCAUUGAUGAAAGCCUUGGAGAACAGCAAUCUUCGCAUUCAAAACUGUCACUUCUUGAAGAUCGUGGUCGUUGGUGAUGCUGCGUGUGGAAAGACCAGCUUCAUUCGGGCGUACGUCAACGACAAGCGUUGCACGGGUGAAUAUAACCCAACUGUUUCUGACACCUUCGAUUGCUGUAUCAGCAUUGGCAAGGAACCAGUAAUGCUGCAGAUUCAUGACACGGCUGCUUUAGAAGGAUAUGAAAAGUUGAGACCAGAUGCGUAUCGAGGCAGUGACUUGAUCGUCAUUUGCUUCUGCAUUGCUCGUCAGUCCUCUCUACACAACGUAGAAGAUUACUGGUGUCCUGAAAUAAGGUUACAUAAUCCAACCGCACCUAUUGUUGUUGCUGGCUUGCAGAAAGAUUUACGAGACGACUAUGAAAUGUCAUCUCAGGUUUAUCGCACUAAGUAUCAGCCACCAGUUAAGGCGGAGACCGCUAAACGAAUAGCUGGAAGUGUACACGCGCUCUGCUACAGGGAGUGUUCUUCUGUAACUAUGCAGGGGGUAAAAGAGCUGUUUGACUUGAUUGUUUAUACGGCUUAUGAACAUAAAAAACGUCAGUUUAGGAAGACUGACAGCAGAGCAAAAUGUAGCGUUUUAUAGUUGACUUCCUGGAGUUAGUUGUGUAUUAUAAUGGGUUUGUUUCUCAAUUCAAGCUUAAUUAUUAUAA